GGGGGGGGCGCUGUGGGGGUGUGGCGACGGGAAGGGAAGAUGGCGGUGAGCAGCGCGUGUGUGGACAGUGCGGUUUCCCGGUCCCGGGAACUGCUGAGCGCGGGAAACGGUACAGAUUUCGAGAGAAAACUAUUGAUCAGUCCCAAACUGCUGAGCAAGAAUGAUCCCCCACAGAUUGUAAAGGUGCCAAGAAGUAGUGUGUUGGACAGACUGCAGAGUUUCCUGCCCCAGAUGGCCAAGGCUAAUGAAGACCUCAGGAAACAGAUGGAGAUGACGGAUAGCAGUCAGUUUGAUAUUGAAAAUGUAGAAGAUUGUCCAGACAAGUUGAUUGAAAUGAAUGUCUCUGUGUUUGAAAUGAGUGACUCUAAUGAAAGCGGAGAAGAGAUAGUAAACUCUGAUGAGGACAGCUCGCAGUCUGAGGAUGAAGCCUUCAGUGAGGUGACAGAAGCUAACCUCAAACUGCCCAAACCCCAAGGACAAAAGCGCAAAAUAGAAAUUAUCUCAAGUAACAGCACAGAGUAACUCCCUCUGAACCAGCGGCUGCUUUUACAAGUUUAUUUUUGAUGACUGAUUAUUUUUAUAAAGGAGAUGGCAGUGCUGUACAGGAGGUGCUGUUUUUGUGUUCAAUGAACAAAGUUUUCUUUGGAGAAGAGAAAUAGAUUACUCAGCAAUCUGUUUCAUACAUAAAAGUUUUGUUGGAUUUAGUGCCAGGAAUACAGCCAGCCUACAAUGAACAUCUCUGCAAGUCUAACCCUGGGAAUUCAUUGGAGCAGCCAAUGGGGUUAGAAUUAGUAGCACAUCGGCCACUCAAGUAUGUGAACAUAUUGUCUUGUGGCUAAUGUGAUGGAAUGGGAACUGGUUCAAGUGACUUGGCUAUAAACCUCCCCUCCACAUUCUAGGUCAGUAAUGCUCUCUCAAGUAGCCAAUCAGGAUAGUUGAGCUCCAGGUGUAACAGAUAAUCUUAUUACUGACAUUUUCUCAUUUCAUUUGCGAUCAACAAACAUCCCAGCACCAGAUCAUGAUGGCAAUAGCUAUUGCCAUCCCUUCGCUAGAGUCAGAUUUACAUUCAGAAACGCAAUCAACAGAAACUGUGCUGCAGCACCUUCAGCUUUUCUGAGCAGGACACUGAGGAGUGAUGGGUGUGUAUGUGCAGACAAACUGGGCUUAUUAGGCAACAAAUGAAUGCAGAUGUACUGAAAAGAAUUAGGGCUUUAGAAGGUAGCACAAGAGGGAGCUGUUUAAUCAUUGGUUCCCAACAGAAUUCCUCAACAGAACAGAAUUUGCAGUCCAUACUUAACCAAAGUCUAUCCAUCUGUGGUUGGUGCUGGGUGUAAAUACAUCCUGUGUGUACUUUAAUUUACUGUAUAUCAUUGUGGCAGAGAGAUCUGCUACAUGGCUGUAGUUUAAUCUCGAGAAGUAUUGAUGUGAUCAAGAUACCAAGGGACCAAGACAAAUGCUAGAGGUAACAAGUUCAUCCCAGAACCAGGUUUCUCUGUGAUACAGUGAAGUCUGAUCUGUAUAAAUCGUAUAAUCGCCCGAAUUGUACAUCUGCCCGAGUCCCGUUGAAUUUCCUAUUACUAAUAAGGUUGACAUAACUGAUAGUUUGAAUACUUCAUAUUAAAUGUAUUGUCCCAACUGAUACCACUUAUGUGAGGUUUACUGGACAUCAACAAUGGAAACCUACUGUUUCAACAAGAAUGUUCAAAGCAUUGUUAUGAUUUUUUUUGACAAAACUAUUUUCUUUGGUGUAUCCUGACUGGGAGAAGAGUUGUCCCCACUGCAUUGCUGUCCUGUGAGACAGUGAGAGAGAGGUUCCCACUGCACACCCAGUACACUCCACUUCUAUUAGCUCAAUUAGUAAAGCCAGUGUCUGGAGGGAAACUGAGCUAAAUAGACCAGAUUUCAGCUUUGAUCUGUGCGCAGUUGCAGUAAAUUGGAUUAAAGAAAAUUAUAUAAACUACAGAAUACUGAGGAUUCUUACAGAAUGUCUUACAUCACAAAGUGGGUUAAAUAUAGUAGGAAAAUGGUUUCAAAUCAGCUUUAAUGCACAGCCAGGUUUUACUGUUACUCAAUAAAAAUUACAUGUUAAUGGAU